AUGGAUUCAUUGAGCAGAACACUCCCAGCUUCUUGGUUUUGUAGCCCAGCACUCUACCAGCUGGAAAGACGAGCUGUAUUUCUGAAGUCGUGGCAUUUCUUGGGACCUGUGACUCGUUUCCAAAAACGAAACGAGCCGGUUGUUUAUGACAUCGCUCAAGUCAAGAUCAUGGUCGAGAAUCGAAGUCCAUACUCUGAGGAAAUCAAUACAGAUGGUAUCGUCGUAUUCGCAGACGAGAAGAACCGCCGCAUCAAAAGCCACCUCACCGCAAGCGGCCUCGUUUUCGCCACCCUAUCAAUGGACACCCCUACCUUCGAUGAAUACUUUCCCGGUCUCGAGCAGCUGACCAAUACUGUGGAUUUUACCAAACUUCCUCAUCGGCGAAGCAUCUCGUAUGAAGGUCGCUUCAACUGGAAAACAAUGAUCGAUGGCUUUCAAGAAUGUCUCCACUGCCAGUACACACAUCCCACUUUCUCCAAGUACUACCCACUGACGUUCUAUUCUGUUACGAACCAUACGACGUGGUCUCAACAUGUGGCAGACCCUUCCAAGCCUGCUGACGGGUUGUUCCUUUACUUCUUUCCUAUCUCCACCCUGAAUGUAUACGGAGGUGGCAUGUCCUCCUUUCGCACUCUUCCAUCAACCAACCCGGGUGUGGCGAGAAUGGUCUUUGAUUACUACCACAGUGGUACAGAGGAGGAGUUCGAAGCGUAUUUUAAGUUUGUCCGACAGGUCGCCAUGGAAGACUUCGAGUUAUGCGAGAAAGCACAAGAAAAUCUCGAGCGGGGCAUUUAUGGUGAAGGUAUUUUGAAUCCAGUCAAGGAGAAUGGUGUUUUGUUCUAUCAAGGUAGGGUUAGAGAAUGUGUUUAUAGGCAGUUUGAGACUGAGAAAGCAAAGAAAGAGGCCAGGGAGCAGAAGAACUGGGAGAUGGGAGAAGCGACGAUAAGUGGAGUUGUAGUUAACGAGGCGACUGUUGCUGUCAAGUGA